UGCUGCUAUUCUUAGUGCAGCGUACUUCGAGCGUUAAAGAUGUUCCUGUCGUUUCCAUGGAGGCGCUCGUCGGGGAGACAAUCUUUCUGCCGUGCAAUAUCAGCACACACGAGCCGGGUGACAAUGUCGUGCUGGUGCUGUGGUACCGGGAAGAUAAAGGAUCGCCCAUAUACAGUGCGGACACGCGGGGGCGCGACGAUGCAACGUCGGCAAAGCGCUGGUCCGACGACGCCAUGUUCGGUGACCGGGCCUACUUCAAGUUCGACAAGCAGCCGGGCGAGCUGGCGGUGCAGAACGUCCGCGAAACCGACAGCGGCAUGUAUCGGUGUCGGGUGGACUUCAUAGUAGCGCAAACUAGGAAUAGUGUCGUAAAUCUAACAAUAAUUGUCCCCCCGGAGCGGAUGGUGAUACGUGACCAGCUCGGGAUGGAGCGAACGACGGUGGCCGGGCCGUACAGCGAGGGGGAUAACAUCAAGCUGCGCUGCGACGUUUACGGAGGGCGGCCCACCCCCAACGUGGCCUGGUACCGGGACGGGGUGCCGCUGGCCGCCGACACCAAGUACAUGCCGCUCGGGAAGCACCUGCGCAGCGAGAUCACGCUCGGGCCGCUCACCCGGCAGGAUCUGCACACGAAGCUCGUCUGCCGGGCGUCCAACCACGCCCGGGCCAACCCGGUGGAGCAGUCCGUCCAGAUCGAUAUGAACUUUGCUCCACUGAAUAUAAGACUGAUUGGUUCGCAUCAGCCGUUGUCGGCUGGCCGAAGAUACGACCUCCUGUGCCAAAGUGCCGGUUCGCGGCCAGCAGCUUCGAUCACCUGGUUCCUCGACGGAACGCGGCUCGACAAGAGCAAGGAAACGACGUCGGCCGACGGCAACCAAACCACAAGCACGCUGUCCAUCGUCCUGAACCGAACCGAUGCGGGCAAAUAUUUGUCCUGCAAGGCGUACAACUCGUACGUCCAAUCCGACGCCCUGGAGGACGGCUGGCAGCUGGACAUACAGUACGUUCCCGACGCGUUCGUGAAGCUGGGCAGCUCGCUGGACCCCAACUCGAUCCGGGAGGGCACGGACGUCUACUUCGAUUGCAUCGUCAAGGCACAUCCGGCCGUGUACAAGGUCGAAUGGAAGCACAAUAACAAAUCGCUAUCGCGCACCAUAUCGCAGGGUGUCAUCGUCAGCAAGCACUCGCUGGUGCUGCAGGGUGUCUCCCGGACGACGGCCGGCAACUUCUCGUGCGUCGGCUUCAACGCCGAGGGCGAGGGCAGCAGCCCAAUGUUCGAGCUGAAUGUGAUGUAUGCACCGACCUGUGCACCGAACCAGCCCCGGGUGUACGGCGUGGCGAAGCAGGAAAACGCCGAGAUACGCUGCGUCGUCGACGCUAAUCCGCCGGAUGUGGAGUUCAAAUGGACCUUCAAUAAUUCAGCCGAAAGUAUCGACGUGCAAGCGAGCCACAUUUCACGCCUGGGGACGUCAUCGAUCGUUUCGUAUACUCCAAUGACCGAGCUGGACUACGGGACGCUGCUCUGUUCUGCGACCAACAAAAUUGGCAAACAACGACAACCGUGCGUGUUCCACAUCAUCGCCGCAGGUCGGCCAGAUCAAGUCCACAACUGUACGGUGGCCAACGUGUCCAUGACUUCGCUAGCCGUGCGCUGCUACGAGGGCUUCAAUGGGGGUCUGGCGCAGUCGUUCUUCCUGGAGCUGCGCGACAGCCACACGCAGGAGGUACGCUUCAACAACACCUCGCCAGUGCCACGCUUCGCCGUGCCGAACCUGCACCCAAGCGUCAUCUACCAGCUGGCCGUGUACGCGUUCAACUCGAAGGGCCGCUCGGAGCCGUACGUCAUGAGUGCUGCCACUCAGCGGCUUCCGGAGAAGCAGAAGGAUCCCGAGAAAGUAGAGCGUCCCCGGUCUCCUCUUCCGCUGACACCGACGCUCUCGAUAGCGAUCGGGCUGUCGGUGGCGGUGCUGAUCGGUAGCUGUGCGAUCGUGCUGGUGCUGAAGUUCCCUUGCGGGGCGAGCGGCCGACGUAACAAGGACACGGCCCAGAGCACCACGGUGCGCACGUCAUCGCCCGGGCCGAGCGACAAGAGUGUGGCCAGUAAGGACUACGACGGCAACGAGAGCGACGAGAAAAACCCCGACGUCAUCCCGGACACCAUCGAUUCGGACGAUCAGAUGGAGUACAUCAAGCGACGACAACACAUAUCGACCAUCGACACGAGCAGCCCCAGCCGGCUCCUGCUGACGACCACGGCCCCCAACCAGACUUUCAUCGGCUCGUCGAUGGCGGCCGCCCUUCACGCCAACCACUCUUCCACCCUCGGCUACUGCACCCUCGCGCGCAACGGCACACCGCAAGCCUCGAAUUCCAUCACGAACGUCUCGAUGUGCCACGUACCUUCCACGUUCAGUGCGGCGCCCCACACGGCCACCUGCACCCUCCCGCGCCACCCGGUCGCCAGCAUGGGCGGCCCCAACGUGCAGCACUGGCCCUCCUACGGCGGCACGAUCGCGGGCGUGCGGAACAUCACCGCCAUCUCGGUCACGAGCCAGCAGGGCUCGCCGGCGCCCCCGCCCCCCUCCGCCAUCGCCAUGCAGCACCUGGGGCCGGGGGCGGGCCGGGCCCGGGUGUGCGUGGGGCUGCCCGAGGACGAGGUGUCCGCCGACACGCCACUCAUGAUGAAACGCGAGAGCACCGUAUGA